AUGGGGGUUAGGGCGAGCGUGCCGGCGUCCCGCCGCCAGGGCUGCCACCGGCGGGCGAGCGCGCGACACGCCUUUGGUGUUGCGAAUCUGUCCUCCCGCUGCCCGCUAAAGCCACCCCCGCCGCCUACAAAUGCCCCUUCUUUAUCCAUGUUCUUGCGGAACUCCAUGGAGUCUAUUUCAAAGUACAAAAAAACGUGUCGUACAAUCAUCGGCGCCUCCACUCUACUGUUGUUCUCCCCUAUAAAUCUCUUCUACGUCCUUUUACUC